GAUGUUUUCGGGCCUUUGAGCGCAUUGAAUGUGCUCUCCCGAACCCAUACGAUGGAACUUUCCAUCUUAGCAGAAUCAAAGGCACCAGUAUCCACAAACCCAAAGCCAAAUCCGUUCAUUUCGAUGGGCUUUGGACAGGAUAUUGUGCCGACGCACACCUUUGAAAAUGCGACUGAGAUCGAGGUUCUGCUCAUUCCUGGAGGAUUCGGGACUCACAAUAGAAAUGCAAUGGCUCCAGUCGAAUCAUAUAUCCGUAGCGUCUUCCCCACGGUACAGUAUGUGAUUACUAUAUGCACUGGCUCUGCUAUUCUUGCAGGCAUGGGGCUCCUAGACAAUCGGCGCGCUACAACGAACAAAGCUACCUGGGACUCCACGGUGGCGCUCGGGCCCAAAGUGAAUUGGGUCGUCGAUGAUACUGAGGGAGUCACGCCCGUGUGGAGUUCCUCGGGUGUUUCAGCGGGAAUUGAUGUAACAUUCGCUUUUAUUGAUAAGUUGUAUGGGAGCGAAACGGCUAAGCAUGUCGCGAAUGUGAUGGAGUAUGAUAGACAUGUGGACGAUAAGUGGGAUCCUUUCGCAGAUAUUUGGGGGAACAAGGCCUGA